AUGGCUUCACCAAAAUCACUUCUUGUGCCUCUCCUCCUCUUUUUAGUAUUCUUAGUUAGUGUUACCGAUGGCCGAAAGACGAGAAAGGACCUUGAUCUUAACUUAGGUGGUGGAGGCGGUCUCGGUGUUGGUGUUGGUGUUGGCAUUGGAAUAGGUGGUGGCAGCGGGGGCUCCUCCGGAUCCGGCUCCGGGUCCGGCUCGGGGUCCGGCUCCGGCUCCGGCUCCGGCUCCGGCUCCGGUUCGGGGUCCGGGUCCGGGUCCGGUUCCGGCUCUGGAGCAGGCUCAUCUGUUGGCUAUGGGGCUGGAUCUAGUGCUGGUUCGGGCGCUGGAUCGAGUGCCGGUUCUAGUGCUGGUUCUGGUGUUGGUCGUGGGUCAGGCGGUGGCGGUGGCGGUGGCGGUGGCGGCGGGGGAUCGGGAUAUGGAGGGGGGCGUGGGCAGGGAGGUGGUUCUGGCUAUGGCGAAGGAUAUGGUAAAGGCUAUGGGGGAGGAAAUGGAAAAUGA